AACAAGAGUGCAAAAUAUAAAGAUUAUUUGUAAUAAAUCAAAGAUAUAAACAAAAAGCGCCAUUAUGGGUGGUGGCGAUCUGAACUUGAAAAAAUCAUGGCAUCCACAUACAAUGAAAAACCAAGAGCGUGUUUGGAAAGCAGAGCAGGCCAAGCAAAAUGAGCAACGUAAAUUGGACGAUUUGCGCAAGGAGAUCAAUGAGGAACGUGAUCGAGAGGAACUGCGACGUAUAGGUGAAAACUCCGGUGUGCUGGCCAGUAGCAGUGGUGGUGAAGCCAAAUUGGAAUGGAUGUACAAAAAUAACACGGAGUUAAUUAACCGUGAGGAAUACUUGUUAGGUCGUAAGAUAGACAAGUCUUUUGAGCAGUUGCAAGCGGAAGAACGUCGCCAAGAGCAAAAUACAAUUGGACUGAAACAACCCAUCAAUCAUGUGGAGCAUGAAUGUGUGCCAUUUUCUAUACGCGACUACCGCAAUAUGCAGUCCACGGAGCAAGUGGACAUGCAACGCAAAGCCAUGGAGGAUCCUCUAAUGCUGAUCAAGCAACGUGAAAUGGAAUCGAGACGAAAGCUGCUAGAGAAUCCAGUUAAGCUUAAAGAGAUUCAUCGCAUAUUAAAAACAGAACAAGAGCUGGCUGCUAAGCGCAAUAAAAAGUCCAAAAAGAGCAAGAAAUCAAAGAAAAGUAAGAAAAAGAAGGGGAGCAGUGAUGAUGAUAGCGAUGAAAGCGACAGUGAUGAAGAUCUGGAUCGUAAGCUAGCGCGUCAGAUGAAAAAACUCAAAGGCGAAAGUUCUAAUGGCGAUUUAAAGUUAGACAAACUAUUAGAUGCCAAGUAUAGAACGUUAACUAAGCAGCUGGACAUGGCCACCAAGCAAAAGAGUGACAAAAACAAAAGGUCUAGAAGGGACAGAAGUAACAGCGCCGAUAGUAAUGAAAUGAGAAGAGCACCGCAAACGUCUAGACGUAUGCGAAGCAACAGCCGAGAGAUCGAAAGAGGAAAUUGGGGCUACAACAGUCGAAAUCAACGUAGAGAGCAGCAAAGUCGCAAAGACAACAACAGACGCAGGCGAAGCAGAAGUCGCGAAGGCAACAGCAGACAUAAGCGAAGCAGAAGUUUCAGUCCGUCUCAGCGCAGUCGCAACGGUGAGCGAAUGCCUACACAACGUAGAGAACGAAGUCGCAGCAACGAGCGAAGGCCUGUACAACGUAGAGAACGCAGUCGCAGCAACGAGCGAAGGCCUCUACAACGUAGAGAGCGAAGUCCCAGCGAUGAGCGAAAGACUCAGCAACGACCCGAAAAACGUCGCAUUCCUAGUCCUGCCACACGGCGAAGUCGCAGCGACGACCGAAAGCCUGUACAACGUAGACAACGAAGUCGCAGCAAUGAGCGAAAGCCUACGCAGCGAACAGAGCGAAGUCCCAGCCGCGAGCGAAAGUCUAUACAAUCACGCCGCAGUCAUACACCCGAAAAGCGUCGUAUUCCUAGCCCAGCCGCACGUCGCAAGUCUCCUGUGGCUGCCCCACGUCAGACAAAACCAAAGCUAAGUGAAACUGAGCGUGAGGCACGACUACGCGAGAUGAUGGACAAUGCCAACUGGCGCGAAGCAGAUCGCACCAAGGCCGUGCAAAAGCAUCGUGAGGAAUAUGCACGCGAGGAGGCCAUGCAUCAGGGUAGAUCUUUCGACAAACAAUUUAUCAAUAAGGAAGUUAAGAAAGCCAUUGACAAUCAGACCUCAAUUGGCAACCGCAUACGCUCCAAUCUAAAUAAUAUACAACGGACAUCCGCCGCCAUGGAUUCCAAUUUUGCACGCAAGUAGUAUUUAGAUUUAAGUCUGAAAAGUUCGGCAUAAUUGUUGUUUAAUUAAAAGAGCUGAGACAACUAAGCAAUUAAUAUAGUUAGUAUAAUUGGUUUAAGCCGUAAGAAAAGUCGCAGAAUCAAAUUAAGGAUUUUAUAGACAAAA